GAAGAGAUAUUCAAUAAAUUAAUUUUUUGCUUACAUACAUGCCUAUUUGAGACCUCAGGUACCAAUUAAAGAGCCCCCCAAAUUCACUCACUCAGUGUGUAACAAGUAUGCUCCAUCUUCAGAUUUUGGCAGUUUUUUUGUCUCUAAUCCCGAUUUUCUUCCUGCUUGGGAUGACAUCUAGUAUAUUUUUGACUACGCAUUGUCUGGGAUAUCGUGGUCCUACCUUCAAUUCCAAAAACACGAGCAGUGACCAUAGCCCAUCCACCUGCGGGGUUACUGACAUCAAUUUAAAGUGCCCGUUUCAAUUUAGUGGUGCUGAUCCAGAUUUGUGCCCUGAAGGUUGUGUCUUUGAAUUCUCUUGUGAAGAUAAUCGCACUGUUCUAUCCUUGAGUAGUGAGACACACUCGAGUGUUGGUUCCUAUGGGGAGAUACAGCAGUAUAACUUUUAUGUGGAGCUGAACAGCAUUGAUUAUGAGCAACAGACACUUCGUAUAUUUGAUCCCGGAGUGCAAAAGAGCAACUGUUCUACUCUGCCAGUCAACCCAUUUAGUCCAUACCUCGACUACUACCAUCAACCUGGUGCGGGUUAUGGCAUGGAGAUUGGUCCUGAUACUGGUUGGUUGGUCUUUGUGAGCUGUAAAAAUCUGGUGAAAUCGAAAUAUCCUCCUCUUUAUGUAGACACUGCUUCCUGUAAUAUCACUGCAAAUCAUUUUUCAAAAAUGAAAGCUCCGUCCAAUUAUUACAGCUAUGUUGUGGUUGGUGAAAGUGUGGUGGCAUCUGAUAUUGAAGAGUCGUGCACUGUCUAUAAGAUGGCUCCUGUAGACCUGCGGCGUCUCCCUAAUGUAACAGCAGGAGAUAUUUCGUUUCAAGACAUCCACAAUCUUCUGUCUAAUGGCCUUGAGUUCAGUUGGUACGUAGGCCCCAGCUGGACGAGAUCCUCUUUUUGCGACGUGGCUCUCAAAUCGGUAGAAAUCUACAGAUUCAUCGACCGACAUGUCUUCGGCCCAUAUCCAUAUGGAAAUGAAUGUGCGUAAUCUGAUUUCUUUGAUUUACAGAAAAACCAUUCUUUAAUCAAUCAGAUUCUUUCUAUUUUAAUAUUUCCAUUAUAAUCCUUUAACUUUUCUUUUAUAAGCAGAUUACUUUGCAAUUGGUGGCAUAGUUUUGCGUAAGGCAUCUGAUUUAUAGUUGAAAACUCUGUCUAUUGGAAUAUGCUAGAAGUCAUCAGUCAAUCAUUGUUUUGUUCUUCUAUUUCAGUUAUACUAUAUGCAGCAAUAAAAUUCAUUGGCAUUAUCCUCUUGUUUGCUUUCCUCCUUUAUCGCUAUCGUCGGAGGCAUUUAUCGAGAUAUGAUACAAUAGAAGAUUUCCUACAAGCAAACAACAGCCGCAUGCCCAUUAGGUACUCAUACAAACAAAUUAAGACAAUGACAAAAAAUUUUGAGGAGAAACUAGGUGAAGAAGGCUAUGGUUUGGUUUACAAAGGUAAAUUGCGCAGUGGAGGUGCAGUUGCUGUCAAGAUGCUCGACAAAUCAAAAGCUAAUGGACAAAAGUUCAUCAAUGAAGUUGCAACUAUUGGACAAAUUCACCAUGUGAACGUGGUUCGGUUAGUGGGAUUUUGUGUUACUGCCUCAAAACAUGCUCUAGUAUAUGAUUACAUGCCAAUUGGCUCUCUGGAUAAGUUAAUUUUCUCAAAAUGUCAGAAUGGUUCUCCAUUGAGUUGGAAACAAGUUUGUGAGAUUGCAAAGGGGGUUGCUCGUGGCAUUGAAUACUUGCAUCAGGGGUGUGAUAUGCAAAUUCUGCAUUUUGAUAUUAAACCGCAUAACAUCUUACUGGAUGAGAACUUUAUUCCAAAAGUUUCGGACUUUGGACUUGCAAAACUUUACCCGAUUCAAAAGAGUAUUGCAACUCUUACUGCUGCGAGAGGAACUUUAGGUUACAUGGCUCCGGAGUUGUUCUACAAAAAGAUUGGAAGAGUCUCGCAUAAGACAGACGUUUACAGCUAUGGAAUGUUACUAAUGGAGAUGGCAGGAAGGAGGAGAAAUGUGGAUGCUCAUGCUGAGCACUCAAGUCAAAUAUACUUCCCUUCAUGGAUAUAUGACAAAUUCGAUCAGGUGGAGGAAAUGGAAAUCGGCGACCAUGCAACUGAAGAAGAAAAGACAAUUACAAGAAAAUUGAUUUUGAUUGCCUUGUGGUGCAUACAGAUGGCACCUGAGGAUCGUCCUUCAAUGAGAGAAAUCUUAGAAAUGCUUGAAGGUGAUGCUAUUGGCCUAAAGUUGCCUCCUAAACCGUCGUUUUACCCUCCAGAUUCACCCAUAUCCAUGCAAAAAAGCAGCAAUAGUAGUUCUUCUGAUGAGUCAACGGUGCCCCUAUGUAACUCUGUUGCUUUAGAAAUAGAGCAGAUGGAUGACUAAGUAGAAUUCGUGCAUUCAGUGAAAUCUUUCGCUAGCGGAUUUGUCUUUCAAACUCUCAAAUAUGCCACCUAGUACCAGAUAGCAUGGCAAACUGAAAUAUCAGUUUGGUAUCAAUAAACUGAAGGGUAGCACCUUGAUAUAUGCUUCAUAUAUAAUAGUAAU